AUGCAAGGGGAAAGCUCCGUCUCGCUCCGCAGCGACAAGGGCCACAGUCGCAAAAGGGGAGACGACGCGACGUUGAUAUGGACUGCAAGUGAUUGGGACGGAUAUCGAGAGUCGAUAGAGGCAAACAAUCUGGUCGGGUCCGGUAUCAAGGUAAGACCAUCCCAUAUCUCCAUCGUCUCGCCUCUUGCUGCUUUCCGUACGCCCAUUCUGGUAUCUCAUACGGACGUGAAUGAGAUAUCUUACCCAUCGUCAAUUCUCCCCAUCCUCCUCCUCCUCCCGCGCCCUCACAGUCCGAACGACCUCGCCAUGUUGACCUCGUCCCCAGCCAGUAGCUCGGGGAAGUCAACUGACUUGACUGAUCCCUCCUCUUCCCCAGUUCCCGGCGAGCAACAAAUUCCAUAUGAGGACGUAGCCAUCAUCGGCAUGUCCUGCCGCGCCGCAGGCGACAACACAGACCCAGAGAAGCUAUGGCAAUUCCUUCUUGCCCAGAAAGACGCUUCGGGAGAAGUUCCCGCCUGGCGCUGGGAGCCUUGGCUCCGCCGCGACGCCCGUAACAAGGCCGAGGUGGAGCAGACGCUUACCAAGGGCUACUUCAUCGAGGACCUUGAGAACUUCGAUGCAGCCUUCUUUGGGGUCUCGCCUAAGGAGGCUGAGCAGAUGGACCCGCAUCAGCGGCUCGGCCUGGAGCUGAGCUGGGAGGCGCUCGAGAACGCCGGCAUAGAUCCCAAGAGCCUGGCUGGCUCAGACACAGCUGUGUUCAUGGGCAUUGACUCGGAUGAUUACUCGAGGUUGCUCAUGGAGGAUCUGCCGAAUAUUGAGGCGUGGAUGGGCAUUGGUACUGCGGCGCAUGGCGUGCCAAAUCGCAUUUCUUAUCAUUUGGAUCUGAUGGGACCAAGUGCAGCGAUUGAUGCUGCCUGUGCUUCUUCUUUAAUCACUGUACACAUGGGCCGACAGGCUAUUCUCAACCGGGAGUCCAAGGUCGCCAUCGUGGGUGGUGUCAAUGUGCUAUUGGCUCCGGCUCUUACCCGCAUGCUGGGUAAAGCAGGUGCGCUGUCCCCCGAGGGUAUCUGUCGCUCAUUCGACGACGACGCCAACGGCUACGCUCGCGGAGAGGGAGGAGCCGUCCUGGUUCUGAAGCGUCUAUCCAGCGCUAUCGCCGACGGCGACAACAUCCUCGCCACGCUCAAGGGUAGCGCGGUUGCCCAAGAUGGCAAGACUAACGGCAUCAUGGCCCCCAACGCAAAGGCACAAGAGCUGGUAGCUCGCCAAACCCUGACUCGCUCCGGCAUUGACCCUUUGACUGUGGGGUACGUCGAGGCCCACGCUACCUCGACACCACUGGGUGACCCGACCGAGAUAUCAGCCAUCGCUGCUGUCUACGGUGAAGGUGCCGGAAGAACGGCAGAUAACCCUGUCUUCAUCGGCUCCAUCAAGCCCAACGUCGGCCAUCUAGAGGCCGCAGCUGGCGCCAUCGGCUUGAUCAAGUCGGUGCUCGCCGUGAACAAGGGCCAGCUCGCACCACAAGCCAAGCUGAACAAGCUGAACUCGCGCGUCGACUGGAAGAAGUCGGGCCUGCAUGUGGUGCGGGAGACAGCGGAGUGGACCAACCCAGACGGCCCCAGGCGGGCGGCGGUUUGCUCGUAUGGAUACGGAGGAACCGUAUCACAUGCUGUGGUGGAGGAGUUCACUGGCAAUAACCUCUACGGCGAUAGUAUGCCGGCGCGAUUGGAGACGGAUCCUGUCCUUCUUACCAUCUCGGCGGCGCAAGAGAAGAGACUUGUGAAGCAGGCCACGUCACUGGCAGAGUGGCUGUCCUCUCCUGCUGGAAAGGGAGAGAGCUUGGGUGCUAUUGCCAACACCCUGGCACAACGCCGGGCUCAUUAUGAUUACAGAGCUGCAUUCGUAGUGACCAGUCACGAAGAGGCGAUUGCAGCACUGACCAAGUUCGCCAAGGGUGACCAAGACGAAACGAUUGCUCAAGGACGAGUCCUGGGCAGUGCCGACGGACUAUCGCGGAACGCCGUAUGGGUCUUCUCGGGUCAUGGUGCUCAGUGGAAUGACAUGGGCAAGGAGCUGCUCCACGACCCCGUCUUCCGCCAAGCUCUUGCUACGUUGGAGCCAAUCUACGAGAAAGAGGCUGGCUUUUCUGUCGUUCAGGCGCUCGAGACGGGCGACUUUGAGGCUUCAGAACGGGUGCAGAUCAUGACGUACGCCAUCCAAAUUGGUCUGAGCCAAGUGCUCCAGUCUAAGGGCGUGGGGCCUCGGGCUGUCAUCGGUCACUCGGUUGGCGAGAUUGCUGCUUCUGUUGUGGCAGGUUGCCUUACCCCGGAAGAGGGAGCUCUGGUCGUAAUUAGAAGAGCUAAGCUGUAUGCCCGAGUCCGUGAGCAAGGCCUCGGUGGUAUGGCACUUGUCAACCGUCCAUUCGCUGAGGUCGCGACUGAGCUUGGUGCCAGGAAAGACCUAGUCGCUGCGAUUGACUCAUCUCCUUCGACUUGCGUCGUGAGUGGCGACGCCGCGGCUGUGGAUAAGUACGUCGAAACCCUCAAGUCGCGCAGCAUCAAGACAUUCCGCGUCAAGACCGACGUCGCCUUCCACAGCCCCGUGCUGGACCAACUUGCCGGACCCCUGGAGGAAGCGUUGGCUGGCGCACUCCACCCCCGCCCCGGCAAUAUCCCCGUGUACUCGACAUCCCACAGUGAUCAGCGCACCGACGCACCCCGGGAUGUGGCCUACUGGGUCCACAAUAUGAUCAGCCCCGUUCAGCUCAACGCAGCCGUCAACACUGCUGUUGAUGAUGGCUACCGCGUUUUUGUUGAAGUAUCCUCCCACCCUAUCGUCCUGCACUCCGUCAACGAGAUCCUGGUGACGCGGAACCUGGACGAGAGCGAGUUCGCCACUAUCUCAACCAUGAAGCGCGACGCCUCGGCGACCAAGACCAUCCACAGUGCCAUCGCGCAGCUGUACAUUCGCGGCGCGAAUGUCGACUUUGCAACCCAGCUAGGCCACAAGCGCUGGUGGAGCAAGACGGUUCCCGGUACGCCCUGGGCGCACAAGCCCUACUGGAAGCAAGUCGAGACUGGCCCGCUGGGCGAGGGACAGAUGCACGAUGUCAAGAAACACACGCUGCUAGGUCAGCGGAUUGCCGUCGCUGGCACUGACACGGUUUUGUACACGACCAAGCUUGAUGAGAAGACGAAGCCCUUCCCCGGUACGCAUCCAUUGGAUGGCACUGAGAUUAUCCCGGCUGCCGUGUAUAUCAACACAUUCCACUACGCAUCGGGCGGCUCAGUGAUAUCUGAUAUCCAGCUGCGCGUCCCGGUGUCCAUGGGUCCCGAGACUCGCAACGUGCAAAUCAUCGUCCAAGGUGAGGAGAUCAAGGUCGCCUCCAGCUCGACUUCAGCCCUCGACGACAAGGACCAAACCUGGGUUUCCCACAGCUCCGCCCGAUGGAGCCCACUAGACAAAACCGUCGACAAGGCACAGACCUUCGACGUAGAAGCCAUCAAAGCCCGCAUCGGCACCAAACUGCCCAACAGCUUCUCCGUCGACUACUUGACCAAAAUCGGCGUCGCCGGCAUCGCCUUCCCUUGGCAAGUCGUCGAGCACUACGGCAACACGAAAGAGAUGAUCGCCAAGGUCGACAUGGACCCCAGCGUCGAGAAGUACGACUGGGACGCCCGCUCGUGGGGUCCCUUGCUCGACGCCGCUACUUCCGUCGGCUCGACCAUCUUCUUUAAUGACCCAAAGCUGCGCAUUGUCUCGCAGAUCGACCGUGUCAGUCUCCUUUCAACCGACGCGCUGCCCAAGAUUGGAUACUUGUACGUCGAGGAGGCGGCAGACGCUAAGAGCCCUGGUGCGCACGUCAGUGUGUUGAACGAGAAGGGGGAGAUGCUUGCCAAGUUCACAUCGAUGCGCUUUGCCGAGGUGGAGGGCGCGAGUGGUGUAAGUGGAAGUGUGGAUAGCCUGGUGCACCAGCUAUCCUGGAUUCCGCCCAGGUUCGCGGAGAAGCCGCGGCAGUUGAACCAGGUUGUGCUGGUGUCGACUGAUGCAGCGAUUCUUGAGUCGUACGGCAAUCAGCUGCAGUCGCAGACACAGAAGCUGUUCAAAGUGAGCAGUGUAAAGGAGCUCGAGGAGCAGACUGAGAUCCUGUCUGUUCUGGGUCAGAAGGGUAGUGCUAUUAUAUACGCGCCCGGCAGUGUCGAGUCGCUACAAGAAGUCUCCGCCGCCGCCAAGGACUAUAUCUGGGAGGCGACCAGUAUCGUCAAGCUGAUUGCAACCAAAUCCCUGACAGCGACAUGCAAGCUUUUUAUCAUCACCAACCGCGUUUACACGGGCGAGUCUACCACUGGACUCGCACAUGGUCCGCUGUACGGCUUAGCCCGCAUCAUCGCGUCCGAACACCCUGAUCUUUGGGGUGCCCUCAUCGACAACGAGACAACGUCUAUAUUCCCAGUGAUUGCAGCCAAAUAUGUGCACGAACAGGAUAUUGUGCGAGUGGUCGACGGCCUCCCCCGUUGCGCAAUCAUGCGGCCCCUGUCCAGGGAACAGCGUUACAAGCCCGAUUCACUGCGCACACUGAUGCCCAAGCCUGAGGGUACGUACAUCAUCACUGGUGGACUCGGACCCCUUGGUCUCGAAACCUGCAGUUUCUUGAUCGAGAAGGGAGCCCGUCGCAUCGUAGUGGUAUCCCGCCGCAGCCUUCCCCCGCGAAACAAAUGGUCCUCCCUAGCUACCACCGAUCCCGCCCUCGCCGCAGUCGUUGAGCGCAUCCAAAGUUUCGAAAAGCUAGGCGCCACGAUCCACAGCCUCGCCCUCGACAUCUCCGCCCCCAACGCCUCCGAGACCUUGCUCUCGGCUUUGGACAACCUCUCCCUGCCGCCCGUGCUCGGCGUAGUGCACGCUGCCGGCGUCCUCGAAGACGACCUUAUCCUCAACACCACGAAAUCAUCCUUCUCCAACGUCCUGGCCCCUAAAGUGGACGGUGCUUUGGCACUGCACACCGCUUUCCCGCCUAGCUCCGGACUAGAUUUCUUCGUCCUCUACUCCAGUAUUGGCCAGCUUGUCGGCACCGCGGGGCAGGCCUCUUACGGCUCUGGCAACGCCUUUUUGGAUGCGCUUGCGCUGCACCGCCGCGCGAGGGGAGAUAACACAGUCGCUUUCCAGUUUACCGCCUGGAGGGGCCUGGGAAUGGCUACUUCGACGGACUUUUUGACGUUGGAGCUCAGAAGUAAGGGUAUCACGGACAUCUCGGCCGAGGAGGCCUUCCGCGCAUGGGAGCACCUGGGCAAAUUCGACAUCGAGGGCGCGGUAGUAACGAGAUGCUUGCCCAUUGACGAAGGUGAAGCGGUCGCCUGCCCCUUAUUAGAAGACGUGGUUGUACGCCGCGCAAGAGCCGGGAACGCGUCUGCGCCCGACAGCAGCUCAGCUGCCGAGAGUGGAGCAGACGCCCGACCCACAGCACCGGAUGAGUUGGCCAAGUGGCUCAAUAUCAAGAUUAGGGAGUGCAUCGCCGCCGUGCUGAUGAUGACGGAUAUCGACGACAUUGAUGCGCGCGCGCCCGUCGCAGAUUUGGGCGUCGAUAGUGUUAUGACGGUUGCGCUCAGGCAGAAGUUGCAGAGCGCGUUGAAGGUCAAGGUCCCACCUACGUUGACGUGGAACCAUCCAACUGUUAAUCAUCUGGUUGCUUGGUUUGUGGCAAAGUUUGCGGAGGAGUCGAGUUAA